GAACAUCUUAGUGUACAUCAUUCAUAAUAUUUAUUUACACUCGUUGCACCGUGUAAAAUCCAACGACGCUUCUGAUCAUCCGCCGAAACCUUGUAAAAUACUAUUAUAUUUUAUGUCAGAUGGAUUAGCUUCUACUGAGGUCGAAAAAUAAAAGUAUCGGUUUCCAAAAAGCACACCGGUUGUGACGUCACAUUUAGUUCCACGUUCAAAGCAACAUGGCGACCAAGGAUCACAUGAUGUCACCUCCAGUUUUAGUUUGUAUUUUACUGGUUUUAAGAGGUGUUAAUAGUUUUUAUGUUCCUGGAGUAGCACCUGUAGAGUUUUCUGAUGGAGAUAUUGUAGAAGUGAAGGCUGUAAAAUUAACCAGUGUAAAAACACAGCUUCCAUAUGAAUACUAUUCACUACCAUUUUGCAAACCAGCAAAGGGAGUAGUGCAUAAAAUAGAAAACUUGGGUGAAGUUCUUAGAGGAGAUAGAAUAGUGAAUACUGCUUAUGAGAUUCUUAUGAAGAAACCUAUAGCAUGUAAGUCCUCAUGUCCCGAGAACAAACAAUUAGUAACUGAUGCUCAAUCUAAGGUUAUUAUUGACAGAAUAAAACACAACUAUUAUGUUCAUUUAUUAAUAGAUAAUUUACCCUGUGCUACUAAAUUUGAAUUAUUAGAUUCUAAAGAAGCUCAGUAUGAAAAGGGAUAUCGACUUGGAUAUGAAAUUGCCAAUGAUGUAUUUAUUCAUAAUCAUCUGAAACUUAUCUUAAAAUAUCAUUCAGAAGAUGGUGCAACCUAUCGUGUAGUCGGCUGUGAAGUUGAACCUAAAAGUCUGAAUUAUGGAGAAGUAACUGUAGAUAAAGCGGGUACUUGUAAUUAUAAAACAUCAGGAAGACCUGCCCCACAAAAAGUGAAUCCAGCAGGAAAUACUGAGCUUUUAUUUACAUAUGAAGUAGAAUGGAAAGAUAGUCCUAUACGAUGGGCAUCCAGAUGGGAUAUAUUUUUAUCUAUGAGUGAUGUUCAGAUCCAUUGGUUCUCUAUUAUAAACUCUGUUGUUGUUGUCUUCUUCUUGUCCGGUAUAUUAACCAUGAUCAUGGUAAGAACAUUAAGACGAGAUAUUGCCAAGUACAACAAGGAGGAUGAGGUAGGCGAAUUAUAUGAUGAAACUAUUGAAGAAACUGGAUGGAAAUUGGUUCAUGGUGAUGUUUUCCGUCCUCCACGUUAUACACGACUCCUUACAGCUGUCACUGGCGCCGGCACACAAAUAUUUCUUAUGGCCCUUAUUACUGUUUUUUUUGCCAUGUUAGGAAUGUUAUCACCAUCGUCUAGAGGAGCAUUGAUGACAGCUGCAAUUGUUUUAUAUAUGUUUAUGGGAAUAUUAGCUGGAUAUUUCUGUGCUCGUCUGUAUAAAACUAUGAAGGGAACACAAUGGAAGAGUGCAGCUUUUCAGAUGGCCAUGUUUUAUCCUGGCAUUGUAUUCAGUGUUUGCUUCUUUAUUAAUUUCUUUAUUUGGGGAAAGCAUUCGUCUGGAGCCGUACCAUUCACUACUAUGUUAGCCUUGUUAUGUAUGUGGUUUGGUAUAUCUACACCUUUAAUUUAUCUUGGAUUUUUCUUUGGUUUUAGAAAACAGCCCUAUCAACAUCCCGUUAGAACAAAUCAGAUUCCUCGACAAGUACCUGAACAAACCUGGUAUAUGAGUCCGAGUUUAGGAACGCUGAUGGCAGGUAUUUUACCAUUUGGUGCUAUGUUUAUAGAACUGUUCUUUAUCUUCACUGCAAUUUGGGAGAACCAGUUUUAUUAUCUGUUUGGUUUCCUCUUCUUGGUGUUUAUUAUUCUUGUUAUCUCAGUGUCCCAAAUCUCAAUAGUUAUGGUGUAUUUCCAAUUGUGUGGUGAGGAUUAUCAUUGGUGGUGGAGAUCAUUUAUAGUAUCUGGUGGUUCAGCUGUAUAUGUAUUUGCCUAUUCUAUCUUUUACUUUGUUACAAAGUUGGAGAUAACCGAGUUCAUUCCUUCAUUGGUGUAUUUUAGUUACACACUGCUCAUGGUCUUAACGUUCUGGAUCUUAACGGGUACUGUGGGAUUCUUCGCCGCUUACUGGUUUAUCUGUAAAAUAUAUUCAGCCAUCAAGAUAGAUUAAAUAUAGUUCUAAGUAUUUUAGAAUAUUAAAUAAUAGUUCAUUUCAUUUAUUUGGUCAUCUAAGAAUCAGCGGGGGAUUGGUAGUUUCUUAUGUGUUAGCAGUUGGGUUUAAUGCUAGAAUAAAUUGCAAAUGUCUAAUACUAGACAAUAAUAUCAUUGUUGUGACUAGUGCUGAUAUCAUGUAAUCCUUACACAUUGAUGCACCAAAAUAAAUAAUGAUACUUGCAUUGAAGUCUUCUGUGUGGUUGGAUUGGCUCAGAUCUUUCCUCUGCUAUUUGAGUCUCAAUAACUUUUUGCCACAUGUGCUUGGUUGGCUGCUGUAUUGAUACAUCAAUGAGUGAUAACAGCACUAGAUCUGACCUGGGGUCCAACAUUUUAACAAUUAAUAAAUACAUACAAUAGUGUCUUGUUUCACUGUAGAUUGAUUAAAUUAAUCUUCGUACCAGGGUAGUGUAAAUUGAUGGUUGUCAUUGAAAUGUUUAUUUUACAUUAGAAGUUUUGUUAAUUCAACUCCCCCCACCCCCGGUACAGUAAUAGCAAAUAGCAAUACAUGCCAUUUUAUUUCAUCAAAGGGAACUUGACAUAAGUAGAACAAUUCAAUUUGUAUCUUUCUUUAAAUUUUUAUUCAAACAAUGUUUAUUACAACCAGUGGAGUUCUAAAUGAGUAUUAUAAAAGGAUUAGAUGUCAUGAUAAAUAUAUUAAUUCAUUCACAUUUCUUUUAUGUACAGUUUUACUUUUAGUGGGUUCGGAUAAGACUCAAACUUCACUUUAACUUUAUGUGUAGUUCUACGGAAAUUUCUAAAUUAAAUGAACAUUAGUUUUCAAGUGUAUCCAGUUUGGAUUUUAAUUUCUAACACAUUUUUUUGUUAAUAAUCCUACUUUCUUUUUUCAUUAUUUAACUUUGUUGUUAUUUAUAUAAAUUUAUAUUGUUUCCUUGUAAAUGUAUAUUGUAUAUAUUAUCGAAUGACAUAUUCUUUAUAAUUCACUGUAUUCAACUUUGGAAGAACUUUCAAUGAUUUUACUUCGAACAAAUGUUAAUAAAAAAAACUGUUACAAAAGUAUGGGCACAGUAUUCCUCAAUGGACUUUCAGUUCCAAUUUUUGGAGAUGGAGAAUGGGCACAUUAAAGUAGUGAUCAAUUGUGAAAAGAAUGAAAUUCAAAUAUGUAUCUAUUCUGUAUAGUUUUGUAAAUAUAAGCAUGCAUAUGAAAUCAUAUAUAACAAAGUGAUAUGUUUUCCAUUGCAUCAAAUAAUAGAUGUAAAUGUGUUUUCAUUUAUAUGUAAAAUAAUUUUGUUUUCAAUGUUUAUAUGUAAUGCCUGUAUAUUUUUACAUUAUUCAUAGUAUGCUUACAUGGGCAUUUCUUUUUCAUAGUAAUUAUUACAUUGAGGUUAGAAUUUAAAAACAUUAACAAGUAAUUACUAAUGCUACUUUAAUAUUGACAGUAAUACCCAACAUGUGUCAUUAGAUUUGUUUAUAGUUCUAAAUACGUUUUAGAUAUUGGUAUAUUAUUAUAAGCUAUAUGCUUAUUUUUGGAGAUCAUGACCUUUCCCAUACAGAAAUAUAUGCAUAUAAGUGGUUUUAACAAGUUUUAUUUCAAUUCUAACCUUGUAAAUUAUAUGAGAAAUUGUGGAAUUUAUUAUGUAAUGGGUUCCUUUGAGGGUGUCAAUAAAUAUAUAUUUUGUUAUCAUUUUUUUUUUUUUACAAAACCUGCAUUAGCUCUUUGCAGGCUUUUGUUGAUUCGUUAAAUAAGAAAUUUUGAUUUAUCAGCAGAGUUACAUCAGAUGUUCAAAUUACUAUUAGAUAGUAGGAAAAAUUUUGCAAUGAUUUACAUUUUAAUUUUCAAUUUAAGAGUUGUGCAAAUUUAUUAGCUGUUUUCAAGGAAUUUAACAAAUGCUGGUGACAAAUACCUCCUUCUUAGAAAGUCAGUGAUUGGCUUUUCAAUAAAUUUAAUGACAAGUAUAUAAUUUAAGUAUAUUAUUACAAUUUUUUUCUUGGUAAUGAUGCCUCAUAUUUUAAAACUUUAUUGCUAUAUGACAAGGAGUAGGGUCGCUUUUCCAAACCUCAGUUUUCCUCGGGUCCUCCGAUUUCUUCCCACAGCUACCCCUAUGCGCAAGCAAAUUACUGAAAUAAAAGAGAACCAUAUGUUGGUCUCGAAAUGAUAUAGUUUGUGUCAAGUGGACAUUAAACUCCAUUUCUCUGUCUGCUAUAAGACACUAACUAAAGAUAAAUAUAUAGAGAGAAUUGGGAGUUGAGAUCCAGUCAACUGUCAUAUAAAAUGGUGUAUAUUUCAUUAGUUAACCCUUUUCUAUGUACCAACUGCGGGAUCGAACACUCUUUGGCAUAGCUGACAGACCCCCCCCCCCCCCCCCCCAUCUCAUUUGUUACUGCAGUUCUUGUAUGCAAAUUUUUUAUGUGUCGAUUCAAAACAUACACAGAAUUACUCAAUCUGAUAAAAACACAGAUCUUAUUUCGUUCUGUUUUUUAUAGUUCAAAAUUUCGUUUUUACUUUUCUUUACUAUACUAGGAUCCGGAAGAGUUGUUAUAUAACUAUGUUCUGGAUGAUGUGAGGGAUUAGCGAAUGAAACUGUCUGUUACGGCGAGUUUUUGGCGUGCGGUGCACAGAACUUUCGGUAAACCACUAGAAACGUCAAAAGCUGCUUGUGUGACACCUGACGUGACCUUCCACUACAACUGGUCAGAUCUUCAUGUAGUGUAGGCCAUCGAAAGUAUAAGAAAAAGAAACGAAAUAUAGAUCUGUAUUUUAAUCAGAUUGAGAGUUAUUGUAUCCUGAGAGUAAAACAUGGCCUCUUAGAAGUCUUGUUUUCAAUAACCUGGGACUGCUGGGAAGCUCAUAAACACUUAUUAAUUAUGCUUAUUUGUAACUGAUCUAUAUAGAUCUAUAUUUCGUUUCGUUUUUAUACUUUCGAUGGCCUACACUACAUGUAGAUCUAACAAGUUAUAGUGGGAGUUCACGUUCUAUGACGUCAGGUACCAAGCAAGAGACAUUUGACCCGAUAACAUCAGUCAUUCGAUUAACCAAUUAGUGACCGCCAUGCUUUUUUAAAUCUACUUUUGCUUCGUUUGAUUUCUAUCGCUGGUAAUGUCUACCCACAAUUCCGCGCAAAAAAAGGUCAAACGCUUGAUUCGACAGACUAUUUGAUUGGCUGACCCCUCAUUUCAAGCAGAACACGAGUUAAAUAACAAGUCUUCCAGAUCCAAAUGUAGUGAAGACAAGUAAGAACGAAAUUUUGAACUAUAAAAAACGAAGCGAAAUUGGAUCUGUGUUUUGAUCAGAUUGCCAUUUGACAAUCUCAACUGACAGCACAGGAGUAUACCCAGUAGUCAUUGUUUAGAUGCAUUGUAUUUAGCUAUGUAGUUUAAAUUGCAGCAAUCUUUAUAAACAGCUCGAAUGAUAAACUGUUAGUGUGGGUGACUCAAAAACUGAAAAUGAUAUUUUUAACAUUUUCCAUACACCCAGAGAAAUGGUAUUGAAUUCAAGCUGCCCCCCUAACUUUCAGGCAAUCUGGGUAAAGUGAAAACAAAUUUUUUUUAUUUCAUCUACUUGGUAAAAUAAAGUGCCCGAAAUCAAAUAAAACACUAACUUUACUUUUCUUUUAAUUGAAUACCAUGAAUUUAUACUGAAUUGACUAUGGAUUAAAACAUUUUGUCUGGGGCCA